AUGCCUUGCUUCCUUAUGGCUAAACUCAACCUGAAUAGAGCGAGGUUUGCCGGCAAGACGGUUAUUGUAACUGGCUCAAGCAGCGGAAUCGGCCGUGAAAUCGCACUAUGCUUUGCGAAAGAAGGAGCCAAUAUUGUUGUACACGGGCAAAACGAUGACAAGUUGAAGGCGAGUUGUAAAUUCAGGACUAAUCUUGCAUAUUAUUUUUUGUCUAAAACGGCGUUUCCAGGAGGUCAGCAAAGCUAUGAAGGAGCUCGAAAUCCCCGAAAAGAACUAUCUUCUAAUUAAAGGGGCAAUUCAAGAUGAUGCUACGCAAGAACGGAUUAUUAAUGAAACUCUGAAACAGUUUGGUCGUAUUAAUACUCUGGUGAACAAUGCCGGGAUUUCUCAAAAGUCAGCAGCGGACCCAAAUUCCAUCGAAAGUCUGGAUGCGAUCUACGAGAUCAACCUUCGUGCCGUCUACAACUUGACCAGCAAGGUCGUCCCGCAUUUGUUGAAGACCAAGGGCAACGUGGUCAACAUCUCCUCAGCGGGGUCCCAACGCGGUACAGACUCCUUCAUACCCUACGCAAUGUUGAAAGCGGCACUUGAUCACUACACUCGCGACUUAGCGUUGAAGUAUGCCAAGGAAGGAGUCAGAGUAAACGCUGUAAAUCCGGGAGUUGUGGAAACAAAUUUCAUUGGUCGUCAUGGUAUUCCGACCGAAGUCAUUGAUCAAAUGAGAACGGUUUGGGCGAAGAAAACGAUUCCUAUGCAGAGAGUGGCACAGCCGGUAGAAGUCGCCAAUUUAGUACGAUUCUUGGCCAGCGACGAAGCGAGUUAUAUCACGGGAACAACCAUGGCCGUCGAUGGCGGAAUCUGGGCUGGAAUUCCAAGUGAACUUUAG